CCGAGGAUAAGGGGACCUGCAUUCAGACAUGGCUGUUGUAAUACGGUAGGCUACAUGAAAUACAAACGUCCAUGAAAUCCUAUUUAGUUUGAAACUAUGAGGAAACUCGAAUAUGUCCAGACGUAAUAUAGCCUGGUACACCCCUUACUAUAUGUCCCCCGUCGCCGCAUCUGAGAACUUCUUCUUCUGAGCCAAUCAUCAGGACGCAGCUGUGUAUGGCAUUUAACCCACUGUCGCACAGUGAACGGACGAGCGCGAGGAGGAGGGACCGCCGGUUAAUAACCCAACUGCACUGCAUCUGUCAUCCUCAUGGUCUCCCGACGUCUCCGGGAGCAUGUAGACGGGCUCCUCUAGUGCCACUGCGGAGAGAGAAAUGGCAUUAGAAAAAUAUUCCAUAAUUUUGACACUAUCUAUGGAUGCAGAGUAACCUGAUGUUCCACAGCUGUAUUUGGGAGUCUUGGUUAAUUGUGUUCAGUCUAUCGGGGCACGCGCUACACGCUGCGCACUUUGGCGGUGGUGACAGUCAAACUAUUUUAGCUGUCUUCUCGACCAGUGUAAUCUAAGGAAUUAAUCGUUAUACAGGACUAUACACCUGCAACACGUACCCAGAACCGUGGAGCGUGACCCCCGCUGGAUGUAACGUUGAGCGGAGUGACGCGGGUCGGUGUGCGGACGAAUAGAGCCGUGGCGGAGCAAACGCACGAAGUCCAAAUUCCAUCUCCCUUUUCGUGUCCCGGUGCCUCUUCCCGCCCCAUAACGGAGAUGUUGUUCCUCGGAAUACUGCUCAGCAUCUUCAUACAAGAUGUGGUCACCUCCUUGCCGCCCCUCCCCCCGGGCAUUAUGGACUGUUUGGAGGCAGAGAGUGGGUGUGAAGCAGAUCCCCAGUGUAAGGAGCUGUACAGCACCUUGCAGUACUGUGUGUCCGAGGAGGAGGAGGCUCCGCCGGGGAGCAAGGCCAGGAUAGAGUGCCUGGAGGCCCUGAGCGCCCUACACUACCUCCCCCUGUUGGCCUGCAAGUGUCAGCGCGGCGCACGCAGAGAGGAGCACUGCCUCCGAGUCUACUGGAGUGUCAGGAUCCUGCAGAGUUAUGAGGACUUGGAGGCGUCUCCCUAUGAUGACUCGCCAGUGGAAAUGUCUCACAUGGCCUCCAUAGUGGCAGCAGCCUCCUCUCUUCCUCUCGAUGGACAGAACGCAUGUCUGAAGGCAGCCCAGGACUGUGGUCUAUAUGAGAAAUGCGGGUCCCUGAGGUCUGAGUACGUCCUGGCCUGCACUAAGCGCGUCCCAGGCUUGGACCACUGCAACAGGCAGAAGUGCCACCGGGCACUGCGGCGCUUCCUGGAGCGCGUCCCGGGGGAGUACAGCCUGGGGUUGCUGUUCUGCCCCUGUACUGACAAACUGUGUGGGGAGAGACGCAGGAAGACCAUCGUCCCGUCCUGUUCCUACCAGGAGAGAGACGGGAAACAGCCCAACUGUCUGCAUCUGCAGAGCUCCUGCACGAGGGACCAUCUCUGCAGGUCCAGACUGGCUGAUUUCCAGCAUAACUGCCAGUCCUCCGGCCAUUCCCCCUCUCGCUGUUUCAGAGAUAGUGGAACAGUGUGCCUCAAAUCCUAUGCCGGACUCAUCGGCACCAUCAUGACCCCCAACUACCUUAGCAACAGCACUAUGGACGUGGCCCUGUGGUGCAAUUGUGAGGGCAGUGGCAACCAAUGGAAGAACUGCCUGAAGAUCCAGAACAUGUUCACCAAUAACGCCUGUCUGGAGAACUCCAUAAGUACCAUGGGUAGCUUACCCCCUCGGCCAGUGGAGAGCAUUCUUCCCCCUUCCCCUCGCCCCUCCCCCCUGGACCAGCAGAACAAGCUCAGCAACAACGCCCAGGAUGAGCUCAGCAACAACGCUGUGGAGCAGAGUGAGGAAGAGGAGGAUGAGGAAGAGGAGGAGGGGGGUCAGUUUGACGUGAUCCCUCUCUAUGCUGAGAAGGCCACGGUGUCCAAUCUGGGUUCUGGGGGUGGGGGGGUGUCCCCCCGUCUGUCCUCAGCCCCCCCUCCCUCCCUGCUGCUGCUCCUUCUGCUACUGUCAGCCUCUCUGAGCUGGGGGUCCUAAAGCAUCAGCUCUCUACUGUAGCACAGCCUCGCAACCUCAGCCACAGCUCUGCUGCUACAGCCAAGACACACAGUGGAGGAUGACAGAACAGCAUUCUUAGAGUUUCUGUUAGUUUAAACAAAUAACAAAAGAAACAAAAGCAUAAAGGCUUGUUUGAGCUCGACCCUUCCUAAACUCCUCCUUUAACGCCACACCUGUAACACACGCAUUCGUUGAUUGUAUUCAUGCAUACGCUCAGUGUUUCUGUGUGAAGUGUUUCUGUGUGAAGCGUUUCUGUGUGAAGUGUUUCAACCAGUUUUCUAUGCUCCAUACCUGCCCUGCCCUGCUUUCACAUGCACAAUCACCUUUCAUCUUCAAUAAUCACCCAUCUUUAAUUGACAGUACUGUACUGCAUACUCAUUAAAAUGUCAAUACCAGGUGUGUACGCCAUUAUUUAUUGAUGCAUACACGCAGUAACCAACAAUGUCAUGUUCUAUUGAGUGUAUAUCGGCCAUCAGGAUGACUUAGUGUGGGUGUGUUUGUGUCUUGGACAUAGGGAUGACUCUUGUCAGGUCAGAGGAUGCUCAAUGGUUACGGUGUGUUCAUGCUGCAUCUGUACUCAGCACUGUCUGUCUGUCUCUGUAUCCCUGGUGAUGCUUUGUUUCUGCCUCUGUUCACUGUAGCACCAAAUAAUGCUAAAUGGUGCUGAAUAAUGAUCAGAUGUUUUCUAUCCCAGCACCUCCAGAGGUGAAGCAGCCCUUUUUAGCAUUUUUCCGCCCGGUGGGCCGUGCCUCCUGCAGGUAGCUGGCCCAAUGGGCUGAUGGGUAUUCAGGAGGGGAGAGGACGCACGCUGGGACUGCAAAUGAGACACGCAUUCAUGAGCAGGCAGAACUGAGCUGCCUGACUACUCUGCACAGCAACAAUAUGAUGAUGAAACGCUUUUUCCCUCGCUCUCUCGCUCUCCUGAACGCUGCAACGCUGAGUGGACCGAUCUCCUCUCUUUCUAGUCAGGCUACGAGACUUUCCCCCCACUAUCUUCUGUGCCGAUUGGACAAUGGAAAGUGACAGGAAAGACCAUUCAGGAUCACUGAACUGUUCUGCUGGUGUUCAAGAAUACGAAAACAAACCGUGAUGCCAAUACACUGAUUCUCUUCACCCUGCUCCCUUUAAGCAUGUCUGUGUACCACAGGAGAGGGCCAGCUUUCGCCCCCCUACCCCUCAGAACAGGUUCUGUUCUGACCCCUCCUCUACACACCCUGCACAGUGUUCUCUUGAUCAGGUUGUGUUGUGUGCUUUUCCUCUCUCUGCAGUUCAGACACACACCUCCACUGUGUACAUGAAUAUAAUUAAAAGAAAUAUGAUCUUACGUUUUCUUACUUUCUCUUCCUGCUUCAGUGUGCAGUUGACCUUAAGUAGCAUGGCUUGGAACUGUUAUGAAUGCACUGACUAGAUCCCUCAAAUUCAAAUGUGGAACCUCAAAGCCAGUUCCCACUGCUUUUUUUCAUGCUUCCCCUCCAACCAGAGACCGAUUUAGACCUGGGAUGCCAGCGGGGAGCAAUGCAUUAUCAGGUAGAGGAGGAAAGCAGAAGUAGUGCGGACCUCGUGGGGUCAGAGUUGAAUGCUCAUGUACUAGACCAUGUACAUGAGCAAAUCAAGAAAAGGUAUUUGAAUAACACAGAGAUGGCACUUAUCCAAUGUGCCUCUAUCAACAGUUGACUGCAUUUAAUGGGCACAUAUAAAAAAGGCCUAUAGAUGAACUUCACACGCACCAAUUCUCUGUCCUAGUUCUGACAUGGUGAUACUGUGUUGAAGCAGUGGCAGUGAUGAUGAUGAUGAUGAUGAUUGAAACACUACAUCAACUUUAAUGGCCGUUGUCAGUGUGUGGUUAAUGAAAUCACUGUGAUGUAUUUCUGCUUUGUCUCGGUUCUCCUCAAUAGUACAUUCUCCAGUGCAUUGUUAAAUCAUUGAAGAGCGACUACAAACCUACCAAACACUGUGGUCACAUAGAGGGGUUGGUUGUUUAGCAACAAAACCGAGGCUUGUGCAACUGUGGGGCAGAACAGACGGUGUUGGCUUAGAUUUGUUGACAACAUGUUAACUAUAUUUCCCCCUCCAAAUGUUUAUUGAAAACAUAAAUACAUUUGCACAAUGA